AUGGCUUCCACAACAGACAAGACAGCCCACUCCACCAAGCAAAUCGUCUCCCUCAUGAACACCAACCUCAUGGACGUUCCCGACAAGAGCUUCAAAGACCACACAGAAGUCGACGCCACCUGUGUGCAAGCCCUGCUUGGCAAAUAUCCAGGCUGGGUUUUCAAGGCUGCGGGACCGGUCUCGGUGAAUCACAAUCUGGGUGUGCUUCCUUGGAACUUUGGACAGGAGGGCAAAGAGCCGCUGGUUCGUGGGACGGAUAUUACGGUUAUUGCGGGGAGAGACGAAGACGUUGUAUUUGUUGAUGGAGGGGGAUACUGAGGCUGAGGAGUUUCCCUGAGAAGUGCGCUGACAAUCUUGCGGAAUCUGGUUAUUUCGUCCAGUCAUAUAAUUUAUGCUAAGCUGGGAUUCUCGUGGGUUUGGGAGAGGGAAAGGCAUUAUGGUUGGAUGAUUGGUACUUUUGUGGGCUUGAGAAAGUGGUUCGAGUGUUGUGGCGGCUGGGCGGG